UGGAGUGUGUUUGGAUGUUUUGCUCGCACAUUCCCACUCGUCAUCGGCCUGGAGAAGCCCCGCUGUGCGCUGCAGGGGGGACAUGCGUGUGAAUGUCAAGGGCUAUAGCGUGUGAGCAUGCCAGGUCAGGACCAGCCUCUGAUGACAUCACUGGCGGUGGUGCACGCGUGCAGGACGUCAGCGAAGCAGAGCGCGCGGGCCACACGGAGCACUGCUCUGUCACUCAGCCCAGAACUCACUGAGGCAGCUACAGAGGAACUAUGGCCGAGGAGAGCCGCGGAAAACGGAGGAAACAGGCAAACCCCCGACGCAACCGAGAGUGCUCUCUGGGAUCUGAGGGAGAGGAUGAGGGGUGUGCAUGGGGGACGGAUGUGCAGGAUGAAAGAAAUGAACAAGAUAAGAUGAGUCUGACACCCAGCGAGGGCACCGAGGCUGGAAGUCCUGCUCGCUCCACUCGCGCUCCCAGUCUGAGCCCCUCGCUGGAGCACUGGGACGAGACUGAGAACACAACCCUGCCAAGUACCACCGGAGAGACAGAGAGCAAUGCAUACACACAAAAAGAUGCCAAUGUAAUGGAGGACUGGACUCGCUAUGACUUACUCAUGCAGCUGAGAAAAGUGUCCCACCUUCCUGACACGCGACACAACCAGCAACACAACGGCGCUAUCACUUCCUACCACACAGUGGGCAAGCGGAACGAUACGCCGUCUACCUUGUCACCAAGCAUUCAGGAGUCACCUGAGGGAAAAGAUACAGACCCUGGGAGCCCCGAUCUUACAGGGAAAGAAAUGCAGGUGUGUCCAUUUUGCCAGCAGUCAUACCAACGGGGCAGCUAUCUCAAAGAACACAUGAAGAUGUGCCAGGAGAGGGAGGGGGGGCACAGUUUGUGUCCACUCUGUGGUUACAGCACUCCGUACAGGGCACAGAUGGAGCGGCACAUGGCACUACACACCCAGGUUAAAGAGAAGAAUUCUGUGUCUGAACCCAACAUGGAAAACCGGAAAUUUAAGUGUACAGAGUGUGGAAAAGCUUUUAAAUACAAACAUCAUCUUAAAGAGCAUCUACGUAUUCAUAGUGGUGAGAAGCCCUACGAGUGCUCCAACUGUAAGAAACGUUUCAGUCACUCAGGCUCCUACAGCUCGCACCUGAGCAGCAAAAAGUGUCUCAGCGGGGGUGGAUUAGGGAACGGCGCAUACUUCAAUGGCCACUCUCACCCUGCCUACCUCUUCCCCUCCCCAACGUCACCCCCUUCAGUUGGUAUCAGGAACGGUAACAGAGGAAAGAGCUCACCAUAUGCUUCACUGAAUCCUUGCUUCACAGAACAAUUAGCCAAUCAGGGACCAGAAUCUAUCAGUUCUCCUUUCAGAGCUUCAGACCUAAGUAGACCAUGGGAUUCUGUUGCAGCCAUGAGGAUGGGGAUGUUUAAAGGGACUACAUUUUUGCCCUUUCUUCAUUCUGAUGGCAAAUUUGAACAGCUCCUGCAGGAAAUGCUCAGAAAAGAAGUGGUGAAAGAUGAACAACAAGGAAGCAAGCAAGACAAAGAAGACGAAGGCAAGACUGAAAGUAGAGAGGGUAAAAAAAAUGAUGGGCUUAUCGGUGCGGUCUCUUGUCAGCGUUGUUUCCAGCUGUUUCCAAAUGAAGUAGUUCUAAAGCAGCACGAAAGAUAUUUAUGCAAAGGAAAGGAUGAGCAGGACACUGCACAGAUACACCUCAUCAAAGAUGGUUCCCCACUUAACUUCUCAAGUGUCUCCCAGAAUCUUUAUGACACACAGAAAACUCCUACCACCCCUAAUGGAAUGACCAGAGAGCUCUCGUCUCCACAACGGGCAUCCUGGCAUUCGCUUCCACAGCAGCUCCUUGUGCCAGUGCAGUCACCUUUGCACUUCCGCUCAGAACCUGCACAUGCGUAUUGGCCAGGCAGAAAGACAGACAGCCCUGGAAACUCAAGCGUCAUAAGCCCAAUUUCGCCGUCACUACAAGAGCGCCGACGUCCAGGCUUCAGCUCUCCAACAGUCAUAUCACCAUGCCAGCUUCUUCAACACAGACCAUCGCCCAGAUCAGAGGGUUCUCAGAGUGAGCCCCUAGACCUCUCUAUUCCCAAAGCACGUAAAGGCUCUGAGCCUGGAUCGGACUGCAGCGGCAGCUCACCACGGACGGACCACAGGGAUGUGGAACAUUUAGCAAGAAGGUUGAGCCCACUGUCCCAUCACGAAUUAGGCACAGCCUACAGACCUUUAUAUGGAAGUGCAGUUUUCAGCAACUACUCCUUUUUUAAUCCAAUUAUGUCAAGUGGUCUUGCAGCAAUGGGGCGUAAUGGCCAGACAUCACUUCCUUUAACACCUCCAGCACCCAGCCCUGGGUUUCUCUCCCCCAUAGCAUAUAUGAUGGAGGCAGAGUCUGAGAAUAUGCUGAAAAGAAUGCAUCAGGAGAUAAAUGUCAUGGGUGAUGCCAGAACUCGAGGAAGUCUGGACUAUCUCGCUCUGAUGGAGGAGGGGCUAGAUGGAGACCACGGUCCUGGGAGAAAAAGACUCAGGAAGACAGAAGAAGGAUUAUACGCUUGCGACAUCUGUGACAAAAGCUUCCAGAAGAGCAGCUCUUUGCUGCGCCAUAAAUAUGAACACACAGGAAAGCGGCCACACGAGUGCCAGAUCUGUAAGAAAGCAUUUAAACACAAGCACCACCUGAUUGAGCACAGCCGGCUUCACUCUGGAGAAAAGCCCUAUCAAUGUGAUAAAUGUGGCAAGCGUUUCUCACACUCAGGCUCCUACUCCCAGCACAUGAACCACCGCUAUGCUUUCUGUGGUCGGGACAAUGACCCAGAUGCCCAGGGAGAGGAGCAGGUUUUGGGCCACCCGGCUCUCUAUACAAGUCCACACACCCAACUUCAUCCUGAGACAAGAGACAAUUCUCUCCCUCUGGAGGAAACAGCCACAUUCCUCAGUGAUUCCAGCAUGGAUGGGGCUCCACUAGGAUACAGACCAGAAGAGGAGGAGGAGGAAGAGGAAGAAGGCUUGCUCAGUGAUCAUGCACAUGAGAGAAGGAUGGAGAUAGAGUGCAGAAGUAGACACCUGGAACAGUCAAGUGAAGAUAGCAAGAAGAAAAAUGAAAAAGACACCAAACUUUAUUACAAUAGCGAGAUCAAAGUGGAACAUGACGAGGACUUAAGAGACAUGAAUCAAGAGACAGUAUGAACUUUCUGCACAGAGAUAUUUUAAGCAUUGAGUCAAUUUGACAAAGAUGUGCAAAAACAAAAGGACAGUAUUGUACAGAAAUUUAUUUGAAGUGCUUAAGGUCCACCACGUGCCUUUGGAGCUAUGCUGAUUCAAGACGACUAUGCAAAACAUGCACACCGUUUAUAUUCAUACAGUGACACACACGCACAAGGGCUAGGUACCCAAAUCAGGACUGUAUAUUUGGUGCUUAUAAAAUACUGUUUUUUUUUUUUUUUUUUGACCAAAGAUAUCAUCAGAAAGCUUUACAGCUUACCCAAAAACUACCACAAAUGAAAUGAAUGCCACUUUGCCUUCACAUGCAGUUUCCUUGUACUUAAGGAAAUCGGAGCAUAUCGUGUUUUCUCCAUCAUAAUUAUAUUACAGAGUAAAGCUAUUUUAAAAUAAAGUUUGAUAGACAUCUUUAACUGUGCUGUGAAGAUCAGCAUUAUAACAAACAUGUAUUUUGCUCAAUUUUAGCUUUUAAAAAAUUUCCAAAAGUAUUUGCACUCUCUAAUGGCAGGUUGUCUGUGUAAAAACAUGCAUUUUGCGAAUCAUGCCACUGUGACUGAGUCUAUGAAAGAGAAAUGGUCGAUAGCGAAUUGUCUAUGUAGGCUGUAAAACUCUGAAAAACCUGUUACAUAUGUGAACUAAACAUAUCGUUGUUGCAUUCUGCAUUGUUGCAUGAGACCGCAGAGAGUGAGAAAUAUGCAUUACUGAGGUUUGCUAAUCUGUGCCAUUUAACUAUGCAAGGGUUCAGAACGAUGCACUGCACCUUUAGCAUUCAACUGCCCAAGUAGAAAAUGGUGCUUUUCUUUCCCUAGUUUUGGUUCCUGCUUUAUCCUAAGUCCGUGUUUAUCUGUCAACAUGUUGCCAAAUGUAUAUCUUUAUAAGCUAUUUAAAUAAUCUGUCUAAUUUGCAUCCGUGUCGCUUUUAUACGAAAUUUGUUCAUCUUUUUUUUUUUUUUU